CUGCAAUUUGGAGAGUGAGAGAAAGGGGAAAGCGAGAUCAGGAGCUGUUAUUUCAUGAGCCGAACCCGUUUUGAAGGGGUCACAAACGCAAGGAUGGUGACUUUCAGAUUCUAAAAUUACAAGUAACCUUCAUGGAACAUUCCUGAGCCACCCCCUUUGUUCCAGUAAACAUCAUGUGGAUUUUUCUGGCUCUACUUGCAACGCGAGGUUUUCAUUAAAAACAAAAACAAAAAACCAAACCAUGGAGGAUUUAGCUUUAUUUGACAUGUUAGAGUGCCCAAUGUGCCUGGAGAAGUUGGAUGUCUCAGCCAAGGUGCUCCCAUGCCAGCACACCUUCUGCAAACCUUGCCUCCGGAGAAUCUUGAAAUUGCACAAGGAACUGAGGUGUCCCGAAUGUCGAACCCUCGUCCUCUGCAGUAUUGAAGAGCUUCCUGCCAACUUGUUUUUGACCCGUUUGUUGGAUGGAAUCAGAUUUGGACCAAGUGUGAUGAAGUUUGGCUCGCUCCAAAGAUCGGGGGUUCUCUCCUCCCCUGCCUCCAUCAGGAGAGUCCGAGGAGAGCCAAGAGCUUUACAACUCAAUCCAUAUAGGCUGACUCCCAGCCCCAGGAUCCCUACGGAAGGGAUUCCCCGGGCUAAAGCCUUGUACAGCUACAGAGGACACAACCCUGGAGAACUGAGGUUCAACAAAGGGGACAUCAUCAUAUUGCACCGUCAGCUGGAUGAAAACUGGUACCUAGGAGAGAUUAAUAGGGUCAGUGGAGUUUUCCCAACCGACUCUGUGCAAGUUAUCAAACAGCUGCCACAGCCCCUUCCCCUCUGCAGAGCACUUUACAACUUUGAUCUGAAGUCCAGGAAUAAAAACGAAAACGACGACUGCCUGCCAUUUCAUAAGGGUGAUAUAAUCACUGUAAUCAGCCGAGUGGAUGAGAACUGGGCAGAGGGCAAGAUAGGUGACAGAACUGGAAUUUUCCCAAUCUUGUUUGUGGAGCCAAAUACGACAGCCCGGCAACUCCUUCAGACAAGCCAAAGUUACCAAUCUUCCCAGCUGAAAUAUGCUCCACCUUUGUGGAAGUCCUUGCCCAGGGCAAAAGGCAUGGAAUCACCCACUUUCAGCAAAGGAUCUGAAUCUAGAAGGAAGAGCAUGAAGCAAUUCUCCAUCACAACUGCCUUAAAUACGCUCAACAGGAUGGUCCAUUCACCCACGAGACGACAGACUCUGGAUAUCAGCUCCCCGGUGCUCAUCAGCUCUAGCAAUCCUUCUGUGACUACCCAGAACUAUGAGAAAAUAGAAUUGCCACAUAGCGCUCCCAUUCAGGUCAGCGCCUCUUAUUACUCUGCACCUGCAUCCAUGGGACAGUCUACGGCCAUUGUCACCCUUCCCCAUUUACAGCAACACCUGUCGGUGAAUAUGUGUGUGGCUUUGCACUCCUACACACCUCACGGUAUGGAAGAACUCGAGUUGCAGAAAGGAGAAGGCAUUCGUGUUUUGGGGAAACACCAUGAAGGUUGGCUGAAAGGAGUAUCGCUGGUCACAGGAAAAGUCGGGAUCUUCCCAAGCCAUUACGUUGCUCCACUUUUCAGGAAGUCCUCAAGCUUCUCUGAUGCGAGGGUGCCUUCCCUCUAUGCGACUUGGACGUUAUCCACUUCCUCACUUACGUCCCAGGGAAGCAUCUCAGAGAACGGCCCAAGGCAAAGCAGGCCUUUGAAAUCUGCCUCCAUGCCCACAUCUUUGGCCUCACCGGUGAGGAAUCUCUCUGUGCCAAAUGCCUCAGGGCAAGCAGCGUCACAGAGGAGAGGACGUGGCAGCAGUAGGAAGAAUGGAUCUUUACAGAAACCUUUGCAACCGGGAGCUCUUAUGCCCUUCAUCAGCUCCCUUAGGCGGACUCCUGCCACCCAAACACGACCCCAGCAAUCUCCGAUAUAUCAACCGAUCUCCACUCUGCCCCGAGGAGCUGGCACGGCUGACACAGGAGCCAGGCUGAAUUCCUCCCAUGAUUCUUCAUUAGUGCAAGUGCCCCGAAGUGGAAGCAGCAGAGCUCCUUCUGUGUGUAGUUCUGUAAUGUUGGACACCAAAGAAUUACUGACAAAAAGCGAAUUGAGUCUAAAGCCACCUGCAUCUGCUCCACCCUCCAUUUUGGUGAAACCAGACACCUCCAGAAACACCAUGGAGAAGCAAGUGAAAACAGUGAGAUUUCAGAACUACAGCCCACCACCAUCCAAGAGACACAGUUCUCUGUCUUCACCAAACCUCUCCAAUGGCAAACCUGAGCAAGGAAGCGUUACAGAAGCCAUGCAGCCAGAAGCAAACAAGAGCCCUGAAAUGUCAGCUCUCUAUUCCCACCGAAUUAUCUCUAGUCCAGUUCAUCAAAGAAGGAUGUCCCAUCCUAAGACCUCAUCACUGGACCUUUCUGGACAGUCAGGCUACCUGACCUUUCUGACAAAAAAAGAAUUAUAAUAGCAUUGCUGAGAACUGGAAAAGGUUCAUCCUACUUAAAUUGGUUCACUUUGGAAAUUUGCUAUCAUUCUUUGUUUGUAAGCAAACAAACAAGAAGUACGGCAACUAGAUAUGCCGUGGAUCUCAGGUCCAAUCUGCCAAUACCUUUAAAAAAGUUUACAUCUCACAGAAGCGGUAGAACCCUCUUUUAGGAAUCGACACAACCACUGAUGAUUACUGGGUACCAUUUAUCCCACAUUUGUAUGGAAGGGUCUUCUUUUGUGUGACUUUGAUCUACAACUCAAAAC